AUGAAGUUUCUGGCCCUUUUCGCGCUUCUGCCUCUUGUCAUUGCCACUCCGCAGCCAGAGCCCAUUGUUGCGCCUCGCGAUGUUGUUCUGAUUCCAAACCAGUACAUUGUCCAGUUCAAGCCGUCUGCCAUGAUAGCUUCGUCGGUUGCUCAAUUGAUCAGAGAUGUCCGACGUUUUUUCAGAGCAGAUGUCCUACACAUUUAUGAAUUUGCGGCAUUCGGGGGCUUCGCUGGUACAUUCAGUGAGGCUGUAGCUGACGGCCUGCGCAGGCUUCACUAUAUUGCAGAUGUUGAGCAAGAUUUGGUCCUCUCACUCGACUUUGGCAAGGUUCCGGGGAUUGUCAAGAGAGCCUUUGUGACACAGAGCUCUACCUCGUCCAUCUGGGGCCUGGGUAGACUUUCCUUCAAGACGCCUAAUGCAGGGAGAUAUGUGUAUGAUUCUACUGCUGGAGCUGCCACAUGUGUCUACGUUAUCGACACUGGCGUUGAAACCACGCAUCCGGAAUUCGAAGGUCGUGCCACCUUUCUUGCCAACUUUGCCGGCGACGGGACAAACGUAGAUGGCAACGGUCAUGGUACCCAUGUUGCUGGUACCGUUGGUUCCAAAACCUAUGGUGUUGCUAAGAGAGCGAAGAUAUACGCCGUCAAGGUUCUCAAAGCCGACGGAUCGGGCGCUCUUUCAGGCGUCAUCGCAGGCAUCAAUUUCGCUGCAAACGAUGGCCCCAAAAGAAAUUGCAGAGGCACUGUUGCCAACCUAUCCGUCGGCGGCGGCAAAUCCGAGGCUCUAAAUUCAGCAGCAGCGAAUGCCGUCUCAUCAGGCAUGUUCCUCGCCGUCGCGGCCGGAAACUCUGCCCAGGAUGCUAAUAAUGCCUCUCCUGCAUCCGAAGUCAGCGCCUUCACCGUCGGCGCCACAGACUCCAGCGACAGAUGGGCAAGUUUCUCCAACUUUGGCUCCGUUGUCAACAUUUUAGCACCCGGUGUGGGCAUUCUUUCCACGUGGAAGGGUGGAGCUACGGCUGUGCUGUCCGGCACGUCAAUGGCAACACCGCAUGUUGCUGGCCUUGCGGCGUACUUUCUUGCGUUGGAGGGGAAGAAGAGUCCUCCGGCUCUUGCUCAGCGUAUCUUGGGGCUGGGUAAUAGGGAUAGAAUAACUGGGGUGCCCGCUGGUACAAUCAAUAUGAUUCCGUUUAAUGGAAAUCCUAGUGGGUAG